GUGGCAAAUUAAAUGGGAACGGCGCAUGAACGACACGUGGAAAACUCGGGAGUUGGGACGGUCUGAAUUCUUUGCUCGUACGUAGAACAGAGAAAACAAUGCUAAAGAAGAAAGAAGAAGAAGAAGAAGAGAAGCAAUUAAGCAAAUCCGUGCAAUAAAAGCAACUGCAACCCCCUCUCUCUCUUCUAUACUUUUGUGCUUUUAUCGACUAGAAAGAUUGACUGGAAUCACAAGCACUGAGGCAAGAUUUUUCCACCGCAAAAAUAUCGUGUUGAGAAGUUUUUCUGGUGGACUCUUUGGCAGGUAAUCCAAGCAUUCAAGUAGUAAAUCCCAAAUGGAGGAGGUCCCAUUGGCCCAGCCUGAACUAAAUACUAUGGAAAAGAGUGAAUUUGAAGGGGAUGAACAUUGGCCUCUUUCAGGGAAGCCAUACUUUCAUCUCAUUAUUGGAAAAUCAAAUGUCAAACCCCAGUAUCAAAUGGUGGUUCCAACAAAAUUGCAUCAAGUAAUUCCUUCUCUUGUGAUCCCCACUGUUCUGUCCUGUCGGGGUAAGAACUGGGAGAUGUCAUAUAAUGGAACACCUGCUCGUCAUAAAAAAUUUGUUUCUGGAUGGAGAGCAUUCGUAGAUGACAACAAUGUCAAGGUUGGGGAUGCAUGUGUGUUUGAGCUUAUGGAGUGCUGUAGUACGAAACUCGUAUUCAGAGUCCAAAUUCUUAAAGGCGACUUCCCAUCUGAGUUACUAGACAAGGUCAGUCUUGAGGGUGAGAGUUCGGAUGCUCCUAUUGUUAUUGACUAGUAUUUCUAAUAUGAAGCCCUUUGUUGUUUUUUGUUAGUCUCUUGAACAACAUUACUUGUUACGAAAUCUGGAACUCUACUAGAAUGUCUAUAGCAGUAUAUUGUGAAUCUGUUUUGGGUUUUAAUAUUACCUUGUUGCUGUUAAUGCGACAUGAUGUUUUUAUUUUGUAUACAUUUGGAUUGAUUUUCCAAAUCUAGUCACUUAAUUAUAUCCUUGAGGCUUUCAGGUUA